GUCUGUGUUUGUGUCUCUUGUUUGGAUCGUGGACUUUUCGUUUUUGAGACAUCAGUCUCUUUUUAAAGACUCAUGUUUCCAAGCAGACCACCUGUAAGUUUCGCUAAGCAGUGUUUUUGCUUCCUAUUUGUAUUCCCAGUUCACACUCAUGAUUAUAGGGCCCUCUGGGCCGGGGGGUUCAUGCAAGUUUACUGUAGUAGAAACUUGCGAUAGAAUAAAAGAAGAGUUCACUUGUAUACAACAGCAAAAUCACUCGCUGCAGCUGGAAAGAGAAAAGCUUCUCAGUGAGAGGUCAGACAUGCAACGAAUUUGUGUAAUGUAUUAUGAGAUGGCUAAUGGUUUAAACCUAGAAAUGCACAGACAAAUGGAAAUAGCUAAAAGAUUAAGCGCUAUCUUGACUCAAGUAUUGCCAUUCCUAUCACAAGAGGUAAGUUUCUCUAUGUUUGCCACGAAUUCGUAGCACCAAUCCCAGGUUCUUUCAGCUAUCGAAAGAGCCAAACAAGUGACAAUGCAGGAAUUAAACUCAGUAUUGGCAGCACAAAUAGAAGAUGUCAAGUCCUCGAAGUUCUUCAACGGAAAUAAUAUGGGGCUCCCAUUAGAACAGUUCGAAGCAUACAAGCAGCUGUCUGUUAUUGGGGGUGCUAACCCAGGCGUUUCCGGUUUACAUGCUUCUAAUUUGACUUCUAACCAUUCUGCGGGCAGUACAUCGUCCAGCACCCCUGGAUCUCUCCAGUCAGGGUCAGCUAACACACAGACGUCCAAUUUGCUUCCAUCUCUUUCUCCAUCUGGUAAUCCGUCAGUUUCAGCGGCACUGUUGAAUGGCUUGAUGUCAGCAGCCGGUGCAGCAUCUGUUGGGCCGGGAGCCCUUAUGCUACAGUCUUCUGGUUCAAGGAUAUCUCCACUUGGACGUGAAGCCGAAAAGUUAAUGAGUAGUGAAGAUAAACAACGCGCUGCUGCUGCUGCAGCGGCGGCGGCAGCAGCAGGUAGUUUCCUGCUAUCCAACCGCUCGUCUGGUAACGGCCCGUGUUUAGUCCCUCCACCGCCAAAUCCAAUCACUGGUUUGUUAGGUGGUUGUGGUGAGUUUCCUGGCUUUCCAGGCACAUUCCCGAUUAGUGCGGGUCUAGGAGGUGGCGAUAUUGGGAGGUCCCCUUCAUCUCUUCCACCGAUCUCUCAGCAGCCGUGUCGCGGUUCAUCCACGGAUGAUGCUGGGGGUCGAUCAAGCAACUCAGGUGGCAUUCAGUUAGGAUCUAAUUUUGCUGGCCUUCCUCAUUCGAGUUUAUCUGCACUGACCAAUCCCCUAUUGCUUCCUCCACCUAUGACUCCUACACCCGGCGGAAAUCUGGGUCUCAGCAGCUCAACCCCAACAAGUGCUUCAGUUAUGGAUGAAAAAAGACGCAAACUUAACGAGCCUAAGGAGGGUGGGCACGAAAAUGGCAAUUGGAGGAUGAAUGACGAUAUGCGCACUAUCCCAGAGAGAGGUUCAAAUCUUGGGGGUACUGGUCGUCGAAGCGGAAGCAGUCGUCAGCCUCUCAAUCUUAGUCCACAGCUUAGUUCCGGUCACAACACUACCUAUCCAACUACUUCAAGUGCACCUGCAGUCGGCACUGCCAACGCGAAUUCUGGACGUCCGUCUCAGGCGUCUGAGGUCCCAGCUUCAACCCGGUGGAAACAAUCAUCUAAAAAUGUUCAGUCUGGUCCCGGUGCUUAUUCAUUCAUAGUGUUGCCUAAUGGACAAACUCGACCGUGUGCAUUGGCGUCCGCUCCCGGAGCGACUACUGCUCAGGGAUUGCCUCGUCGACUUCAACACCUUGCUAGUUUACCUCAUGGUGACGUCGUUUGUGCUGUCACUUUAGGUCCAUGUCCAGUAGGACGUGCUUCUUCACUGGCCUCAGCUGAUACCUGUAUUGGAUCUCGUAAUGCUGGAAGUGAUACUGAUAGUGUUACAGUUGGUUCUCCAGGUUCAAAUCACACCACUUCUAUCCCCGCUCACUUUGCCUAUACUGGUGCUCGAGGCAGCGUCAAGUUAUGGGACCUUGCAUCGAUUAGUGCUAACUCUGGAACUGCCCCACUUGCUAAUAGAGAUAUUACUCCCCUUGCUACUUUUGACUGUUUAUGCUACGACAGCUAUGUUAGAUCUAUCAAACUUUUCCCGGAUGUUUCUGGUCUUAUAGUUGGUGGUGAAUCUAACGCACUCACUGUUUGGGAUUUAAACGGUCCAGGACGACGUAAAGCUGAAUUGACAUUUGAAGCGCCUGCUUGCUAUGCACUUGCACUUUCGCUUGAUGGAAAACUGGCCUAUAGUUGCUGCUCCGAUGGCCAAGUUGCUGUUUGGGAUAUACAUAAUCAGAGUAUUGUUCACCAGUUUCAUGGACAUGUUGAUGGGACAUCAUGUGUUGAAAUUACUGGAGAUGGCAAUCGUUUGUGGACAGGUGGUUUGGAUCAUAAAGUCCGUUGCUGGGAUAUUCGUGGAAAUCCUUCACGAGAUGUCUGUCACAUUGAAUUCAAGUCCCAAGUGUUUUCACUUGGCUUAUCUUCACAUAUGGCCCCAACUCGGCGCCAAGCUGAAUCAGUCUCUCCAGUUUCGGUUGACGGAGAGUCUACCUCUAGUGGUGGUGCUGGUGCUGGGGGAGGUACUCGCGACACAGUUAGUCCACAGUCGUUCGUCAGUGGAAGCAAUAAGUCACUAUCAAUUGAAAGCUGGUUAGCGGUGGGUUUGGAGUCAUCUGAGGUCGAAGUUCUAGCUAUAGGACCAGAUGGACCACCUGUUUCAGCAUUCCCUGUUAAUUAUAAUGUACCACGUGAAGAAUCCGGAAGUGGGAGUGGUAAUCCUUCCCCGAUAUCCCAUCAUACUGGAUCUAAUCAACCUCAACAUUUUCGUCUUACUCAUCAUGAAAGUUGUGUGUUAGCUUUAAGGUUUGCACAUCAUGCUGACUGGUUCCUUACAACAGGUAAAGAUCAUCAAGUUAAUGCUUGGCGAACUCCAUAUGGUGCCUGUCUUCUUGAAACGAAAGAAGCGGCGUCAGUUCUAACAUGUGACAUAUCCUUAGAUGAUAAAUUUGUGGUUACCGGUUCCGGAGAUAAGCGUGCAAAUUUGUAUGAGGUUAUCUUCACUUCUCAACGAUAAAUUAAUGACAUUCCUUAAAUUUGUGUGCGAAAUGCAACAAUAUCUUAUACUAAUGAUCUGAGAUCAUUCAUUUCAUUAAUGAUCCUUUUCGCCUCUCUUUAUGACUAUAAUCCUACAUGAUAUAUUGUAUCACAACUAUCCGGUAUGAACUGACAUUAAUUAGUUUAUUAAUGUCUCUUAAUGUUUCUUACUUAUUACUGUUUUUGUUAUUGUUAGUACUUUUACUGGUAUAAUCAUUGCUGAUAUUUUCUACUUGUAACUGUUUUUUUCCUCUAAAUUUUCUUGAUUGUGUGUGUGAUCGCACUGUUAGCUUUCCAUAGGUGAGUAACAUUGUUGUUGAUGAUGAUUUUUAUGUGUCAAAAUUUCGCAGAAAUAAUGCACAAAAAUACUUUCCCACUUCUUAUAUGAAUACUCACCGUUCUCUUUGUUCUCAUCAUUAUUGAUUCGCAGUUAUUGUUGCUAAUGUUAGCACUAUAAAUCAUCAUCUCUUAUACUCAUAGAAAAAUGCACAACGGAGGUGAUCUGGUCGCUAAUCUGAUCAUCAUUCUUCAUUGACAGUAUAAUAAUAAUGAUAAUAAUAAUUGUUAUUAUUAUGAAUCUUUGCAUUUACCUCCAUAAUGUGGAAUUUAGCUGCGUUUUUUGUUUUUAUUUUCCAAUUGGUUUACUCGAGAAAAAGAAAUAUUUAAAUCUUGCUGAUGGACGACAAUACAGUACGUAUGAAAGAGAAAUGCAUUUAUGCCGUUGUCUCCUACUCAACACUCACCAAUUUUUCAGUUAUUCCAAAAUAAUUAUACGCUCGACCUAUGUUGUUUGUACACCAUAGCAUCACAAUAUUGUAUAUAAUCACCCUAAAUCUUUUAUUAUAAUAAAUUAUCUCAUCUUGGGAUACAAAUAAACGUUUCUUUUCUUGUUUUUUUCUUUUUUGUAUCUCGUAAGUUCUCUUUCAACAACAACACAUACUUUUUCUACUUGGUCCUAUCAUAUUUUUUCUUGGGAUUUUUGUGUGUGCGUGUGUACCGUAUUUACAUACAUACUCUUGUGUACUUCGUUUUUCUUUUUCCAUUGCAUUUAUAUGAUUGAUUCCUUAUCAUUGUUGUCGACAAUAACGACGGUUAUCAUAUAGUGAAAGAAUUUUCAUUCUGUUAACCACUCUUAAACUUAUUAUGCAUCAUUUCAGUCAGUGAUUUUUAUUGUGUCUGUGUGUUAAUUUGUUUCUUAUCUCAUGGUAUAUAUAAUACCCAUUGAUCGAUUUAUAUGUCUAAAACAUUAUUAUCCAACAAGUCAAAUCCGGUCUCAUUUUGAUUAAAGGACAUAUCUUUCUUAUAGUAAGUAACGUCAUUUUGUCCAAAGAAUAACUUUGUCUUAUAGUUCUAUAAUUAUUCUUAUACCCUUCCUAAUUAUCUUCAUAUCUAUUUAUGCGUUAUUCCUCUACGUGAAUAUGUUACACUAUUAAUGUGACCAAAAUAGUCUUCAACUUGUAUGCUCUUAGAUUUCUUAAUGUGGCUAGGUAAAAAUUAUUAUCUAUGUAUUCCUACAUUUAUUGAUCUGUAGAAGGUAAUCAGUAAAAUUAUUAUUGCUUCUUUGAGUAUAAUUUCCUUUUCCUACUAUAAGGGUUGGAUUUAUCUAGAAAUGUGUGUUAUUCUCGUCGGGAUUUUUUUGUUGAUAUUUCGAAUCGUCGUAAGUCUAAUUUCUCGGUCGCAACUGGCACCUCGAUGUUAUAGUCAUAUUUGCACAUCAUGAUGAUUGAUUGAGCUUAGUUGGCUGAAACAUCUGUUACCUUAGUUCCCACCGUGCCGGACGGGUUGGUUAGAAAGCUGUAAUAUUAAAAAAAGCAAACUCAAGAUCUGACGGCAGCAUGGUGUUUUUUCAGUCGACCAAGAUCCGCAGCGUUGGUGCCUCCCCACCACGGAAUGUGUAAGGGUUAGAAAAGGUGUGGCUCAGAAGUAGCUUGGUUCAUUACCUCCAAAGGGAUCUCCGUUGUUGUCUUUAAAAGUACCAAACUGACAUCGAAUCCCAUAAAAAUGCUUUGACUAGCCUCAAGCAUUUGUUCCUUAAGCUCUGCAGUCCUGCUCUCAAAUUGUCAAGACCACUACUAAUGCAGUUCCCUGUUUGGGUCUCCGAAGAAGUAUCCUUUAACGUUUUAGGCAGUUGGAGAGUGACAACCAUACUUGUACCUUCAACUGAUCACUGUUCACAAUCAAGUCUACUUAGUGUUCUGUUUUCAUUGUCAACUCAUAUCUCUAGUCCUUUCACACUUGACAUUAUUGAUAACGUAUGGGGCUCACAGAAUGU